AUGUCCAUAUUUACCCAGCAUGCCUUGGGGGCGGAAGACUUUUCUUCGCAUGCACACCUCAAAGACAUUGGUUUGGAAAUCGUUCGAAAAUGUAAAGGCUUGCCUUUAGCGGUGAAAACCCUUGGAGGCCUCUUACGACGUUCAAUGCAGGACCGUGAUGAGUGGGAGGAAGUAUUGAAAAGCGAUAUAUGGGAUAUUCCACAGGAGAAAAGUGGAAUCGUUCCAGCUCUUAUGUUGAGCUACUAUCAUCUCCCCUCGCAUUUGAAGAGAUGCUUUGCGUACUGUUCUAUACUCCCUAAAGAUUAUGAAUUUGAGGAGAAGCAGAUGGUUCUAUUAUGGAUGGCAGAAGGCUUGAUUCAAUCACGACAAAAGGGAAAAGAAAUGGAAGAUUUGGGUGCAGACUAUUUUCGCGAUUUGUUGUCAAGGUCAUUUUUCCAACAAUCCAACAACAAGAAAUCUCGAUUUGUAAUGCAUGACCUCAUCAACGAUUUGGCUAAAUCGGCUGCUGGAAUUACAUGCUUUAGAAUGGAAGAUAGAGUUGAGGGUAGUAAACAAGGGAGUAUUUUUAAAAAGGCUCGCCAUUUGUCUUACCUUGGUGACCAUUUGGAUGGCUUUAAAAGAUUUGAGGCCUUUUCCGAACUCAUAUGUUUACGUACCUUCUUACCUCUAAUGUUGCCAUCUCCUGGGUAUUGUCAUUUGACCAGUUAUGUUUCUCUUGAAUUGGUUCCAACAUUACGAUGCUUGAGGGUGCUCUCUUUGAAUGGUUACCGAAUAACCAAGAUAUCAGAUUCAAUUGGUGAUCUGAUACAUCUACGGUAUCUUGACCUUUCUCGCACUUGCAUCACCAACUUGCCCGAAUCAAUGACGACUCUUUACAAUUUACAAACAUUGUUGUUAGAAGAUUGUGAAUAUCUAGAGGAACUACCUUCAAUAUUUGGGAACCUGGUCAACUUACGCCACCUCAAUAUUUUAAAAGCAGCAUCACUAAAAGCAAUGCCUUUGCAUAUAGGUAAAUUAACUUGUCUUCGAACGUUGUCUAAUUUUAUUGUGGGAAAAGAUUGUUGCUCGGGGUUGAAGGAGAUUGGAUCUUUGUCUCAUCUUCAAGGGACACUCUGCAUUUCAAGAUUGGAGAACGUGAUUGAGCCAAAGGAUGCAAGGGACAUGAAUUUAAGUGGUAAGCCCAAGCUUGAUGGGUUGUCAUUCGGAUGGAGUGAAGACAUUGAUGACUCAAAGGACAGAACAAGUGAAAAUGAGUUUCUUAACAUGUUAUUGCCUCACAAUGUUUUGAAAGUACUCACCAUUAGGUGUUAUAGGGGUACAGAAUUUCCGACUUGGUUAAACCGUCCUUUGCUUCCUAAUCUGGUGUCUUUGACUAUUGAAAAUUGUAAACAGUGCACAUCAUUACCGCCAUUGUGGAAACUGCCAUCACUCAGACUCCUUUCGAUCGAGGGUAUGGCUAGCAUGAAGAGUAUUGGUCCUGAAAUUUGUGGGGAUGGUUCAUCACAACCUUUUAGAUCCUUGGAGACUCUGAAUUUCAACAAUAUGGUGGAGUGGGAGAACUGGAGUCCUUGUGAGGCAUUCCCAAAAUUACGCGAACUCUCUAUCAAAAAUUGUCCCAAGCUGUUUGGAAAUUUACCAAACCAUCUUCCUUCACUUGAAAAUGUUGAGAUAGAGAGAUGCUGGAAUUUAGUGGUCUCAGUUUCGAGCUUUCCAGAUCGAUGCAAAAUAAAAUUUGAGGGAUCAGAAGGGGUGGUGUGCGGAAGAGAAGUUGAUUUUAGCUCGAUAAAUUUUGAUAAUCUUUCAACAAUUUCAGAAUUUGAGUCUCGAAUGAAAGUGCUAAUUAAGAUGGGUGGGCUGGCGAAUGUACAAAACUUAACGGUUAAUGGAUGCAUGGAACUAACGCAUUUGUGGUCAAAUGCGGUGGGAUCAUUUCCGCAUCUCCCACGUAUUGGUUAUCUGCAGGUUUAUUGUUGUCCAAAACUAGUUUCGUUGGUAGCUAAAGGCCAGCUGCCUCCAACUCUAAAGGAACUACAUAUAAAUUCUUGCGACAAUAUUCAGAUUUUGGUAGACGAAGAUGACACCAACAGCUGCGGCAGCAGCGGUGACAACAGCACAUCUCAUGAUCUUCAGGUGUUAAAUAUUUCCCAAUGUCCAUCCCUCAAAUGCCUAAUAUCAAGCGGUGAAUUGCCUGCAGCACUUCAAGAUUUAUGUAUUACUUCAUGUCCAAAGCUGGAGUCAAUAGCGAAGGAAUUACAUCAUAAUUCAUUGCUUCAAUCCAUUACCAUUUUUCGUUCUGGAAAGCUUAAGUCCUUACCCACCAGUAUACACAGUCUCAGCCGUCUCCACUGGAUUCACAUUGAGGGUUGUCCAAGUCUGGAUUACUUCCCGGACGGUGAGUUGCUCCCUACCAACCUGACUAAACUUGAUCUUGUCAGCUGCAAGAAUAUGCAGGCCGUGCUCAAUCGCAUACACACCUGCACCUCUCUUCAAUCAUUCAGAAUGGGGCAAUGUCCAGGAGUACUUGUAUCCUUUCCAGAAGAAGGUCUUCCCACCAACCUAACACAUCUUUCAAUCCAAGAUAGCAGUAUCGCUCAGGCCUUGUUUGAGGGGGGGUUGCACAAGAUUACCUCUCUCCAACGGCUUAGAAUUUGCGAUGGAUCUUCGCACCCGGUGUCCUUUCCAGAGAUGAAUCUGCCUACUUCUCUAACCGAGUUGGCCAUUGUUAACUUUCUAAAUCUGGAAUACUUGUCUCUCGAGGGCUUUCGAAACCUCACAUCACUUCAACUCCUGUGUAUCGAAAAUUGCAAAAAACUUGCAUCCUUUCCAAAGAAGGGCCUACCUCCCUCACUCCGAAGACUUAGCAUUGUUGAUUGUAAAAAGUUCACGUCAUUUUCACCGAACUCUUUGCCUCCCUCACUCCUGGAGCUUUUUAUCUUAGGAUGUCCUUUGCUGGAAAAAUGGUGCAAGAAAGAACGAGGACGGGAGGGAUCUACGAUAGCCCACAUCCCUCACGUUGCAUUUAGUAGUUAUUACUCGGUGUGGUAAAUUUCUUAUGUAUCUCUAGCUGAAGACUUUAUUGCUAAGAGUUUCAGUUGAACAUUUCUACGUAUAUUUCAAAAUUCUAGUGGGGAUGGUAGAAUACUGACAAGUUUGUGUGAA